UUGGAUUUGGGACCUACCCCAAUCCAGUAUGAUUUCAUCUCAAUGCUUAUCAUAAUUACAUCUGCAAAGACUAUUUCCAGAUAAGAUCACAUUCUGAGGUCCUGGGUGGACAUGAAUUUUGAGGAGACCCUGCACAACCCAGCACAAGGAUUGAUUAUGUCUCAGGCACCCUGCUAGGUUCUGGAGGAAGAACGUCCUUAAAUAAGAAACUAAAGAAGCCAGCAAGCAAACUAGGGUUGUGAUAAGUGCUCUAAAGGCCAUGAGCAGGGGAAUCCAUGGGAAUCAGUGUGGGUGGCAAGGAGGCCUUAGACAGGGUGGUCAGGAAAGUCCAGUCUGCAGAGAAGAGCUGAGCUCCAAAAGCCACGGAGGACCAGUCGCACAAAGGUGAGGAGGAGAGUGCGCACCUGAGGGACGGGAGGGGCAGAGGCCCUGGGAAGCAGAGGGGCUGGGCAAGUUCCCAGGGGAAGAAAUCCAGUGAGACUGGGGCAGGGGGAGAGCGAAGGCAGUGACAUGAACUGAGCUUGUCUAGAGCAACCUUUAAGAAUUUGGAGUAGGAGUGAAGAUAUUAGACUACAUGUCUGAAGGUUCCCUCUUGCGGUGGCCUGGAGGAUGGGGGGUGGGAGGUAGGCAGGGAGAUAAAACAGGACAUUACUGCAGGCUUCCUGGAGAAAAGAUGCUGAGAGCCUGGGCAGUUCACGUGUACCCAGGGAUGGGGCCGGGCGGCUGGGAGAGGCACCUGGUGGAAGAAUGGACAGGACUGAGCUGGUGAAUAGACUUGGGGUAAGGGAGGACCCCAAGAGGUCUUCCAGAACAGGGUUUUGAUGACUGGGUAAAAACCAGUGCCAUUUACUGCAAGGGAAAUGCAGGAGAGAAAAUGCCCAGUCAGUCACUUGGGACAGCUCGGAAAACACUGGGCAUGGGGCCAAGUAGGCCACCAGGGAGCUGCCACCCUGCACAGUCCUCCUCCGGGAGCGUGCUGCCCACACCUACCUCAGGUCCAGGCAGGUCGGGACACCACUGCGCCCUUUGUGGAUGGCUGUUCUUUGCUCUCCGUGGGGCCCAGAGCGGGGAGACAGAGGGAGCCCAAUCGCUUGCCAACCAUGACCAGGCAGUGCCCGUCGUCUGUCGGAUGUUUAGAAUUAUGGACAAGAGACUCCAGACAGCCCUUUCAGGUAGCUGGUGUGAUUCCCAUUUUGAGAGACAAGGAAAUAUUUGAAGAAGGUAAACAUCCUGAUCAAGCUCACACAGCCAGUGGCUGUAUCAUCACGUGGCAGAGAACAGAGAGAGGAAGCAAGUCCACGCGCCUCUUCUUAUAAGGGCACUAAUCCCAUUCCUAAAGCUCCACCCUCAUGACCUAAUUACUCCAAAGGCCCCUCCUCCUGAUACCAUCACAUUGUGGGUUAGGGUUUCAACAGAUGAAUUUUGGGGGACACAUUCAGUCCAUAGCUAUUUCCAACUUUUUUGUACAUUUGUACUUGUUUGAAAAAAAAUUAUUAAAAAUUCUGGUUGGGUUCAAUUUAAAGCUGAUUUAAUUGGUAUGGGGUAUAGACUGGUCUGCAAGUUUUAAAACGUCUCCCCAGUCGUCUUAUGUGUUGCCAAGUUUGAAAUGACUAAGUUAGAUCUUUUCUGCAAGAUGAUCAGUUAAUUUUCUGUGAUGAAUUAUUUCCCAUUUUCUGAAAGCCUUGCACUGGGCAGUGUUUCCAGAGGGUGGUGGGCCAUCACCAUCCCUCCCCGUAAGCUCAGGAAAAGGCCAACCUUUGUGAAAUGGGUGAGGGUGAGUUUCUCUCUUGGGCAUGUAAGUGCCAAGGGCUAGCCAGGACUGCCUCUAUUGACCAGCAACACCUUGACUCCUGCAGUUGACUGCCCCACAUCAUGGAGAGUAUCUCAGAGGAUGGCUGUCAGAGUCACUUGUCAGGUGAGACUGGGGUUCAAGUCGUGGCUUCACCCUUCACUGGCUGGGUGACAUGGCUUAUUCACUUCAGUUCACAAGCCUUAGAUUCAUCCCGCAUACCUCUUCAUAGGAUUCUUGUGAGGAUUAAAUGAAGUCAUUAGGGCAUGAAAAUCACCUAGCACAGUGCCCAGAAUGGAAUAAGCAUUCAAUUCAUGCUAGCUAUGUAAUAUAAUAUAAGUAUAAUGUAAGAAAUUUUCUGAUUUCCUGAAAAUAUUAAUAUUACCAAGAGUUUUGAGUGUGUGUGUGUGUGUGUGUGUGUGUGUGUGUGUCCUGGGAGAUGUUGCAGGCCAAGAAGGAGAAUAGCGUGCUGACAGCUACAUCAGUUAAGAGAGCUAAGACCCCAAGUGGGUGGGAAUAACCUUGCCAUCUGUCCUUCCCUCCCUGCGGGCAGGCCUGGCAAACUCUUGAGAGGUGAGUGUGGGUCCCAACAUGGGGGUUAACUGUGCCCAAACUCCCUUUGGCUACAAUCUCUUCAUGACCCCAGCAGUGGAGAAAAUCCCUGCUCUCAGGAGGUUUAAGAUCCAGAGGGAAGUGGUGAAAUUAGUGGAGAAAAGAGGGCAGCAAUGGCAGGAAGAAGCCCCCAGGACCGUCUAAUCCGCCUUUUCAUCUGAAGGUUUUGAAGGGCAGAGAGAGUCCACUUCUGACGCUGUGUCUUUGGCUUGGAUCUUGCUAGGAGAGAGCUGCAGAGAACAGUUGUUUGAAGGGGAAAGGAGGUUAAUUGUUUUAACUUGAGCAGAGCAAACUUGGAAAGUGAGAAAUCCUCCCUCUUCCAACAGGCCGCUGGUCCAAAACCACACCUGGCCUCGCAUCCUUCUAAUGAUAAUCCCCACAGAGUUCCAGGUGUUGAGCCCAGUGACUGAUGGUGAGCCCUGCCGAGUUCAGAGGGACAAGAUGGAGGCUAUAUAUAAAUCCAACAAAGUUUCAGAAGGUAAAAGACGCAUGACCGAUUAUGAAAGCUUAUAUUGCUCUGGGAGAGUGCCGAAGCUUUAUUUCUGCCCUGGCUGAUAUGUUGUUCUGUUCCCUCUUGGAAGACAAGGCAGUCUCUAGGCCACAGUUCCCCAUCUGUGAAAUGGGGUGAGAUUAUCCACCCUGUGGGACUCAUCCUGCGUGAGGCACUUUUGAAGGCUCCAGAGCACGACAGCAGGAUGCGCUCUGAAGAGCUAGUGCCAGUAUUCCCAAUGGCAAAGGCAUCAGGGCCAGCUGACGCCUCAGGAGGCGUCUGAGAGACCAGCGGGGGACAGCUGGUGGCGGGCCACACCUGCGAGCCUGGUGAGGGUUGCCAGGAGGACUGCACGAUGGCAGCAGCUGUGGGGCGAGGUCAGCGGAGAGCCCAGGCAGGAGUCGGGCAAGACGGGGCCUCUUGGAAGGUGGUGGCUGGCAUCCGGCUCUCCUCCCAGGCUCUGUUGCCAUCACCGAGCCACACACAUCGACGGGAGGAGGCCAGCACUUGAUGAUGCCAGCAGGGAGGAAACUCGGAAAAGUCGAGAAAGGUGAACGCAGAGCCACUCCACAAGAUCCAGGCUCUAGAAUUGAGAUAUGCCCUCUUAGAGCUGAUGGUCUGGGGCCAAGCACAGGCUCUCCAGAAGGGUGAGGGCUAAGACAUCACCUUUCCUAAUCCCUUUAUUUUAUACAGGUGGGAACUCAGGCUCAGAGAGUAUUGGUGGCUUGCCCAAAGCCUCACAGCUAAAUAGCAACAGAACAACCAGUCAUUUCCUACGUGUUUCCUCUUUUCAGUAUAACUUAGUCUCCCUAAAUGGUUCAGCAUAUGCCAAACUUUUGGAAUUUUCUUUCUCCCCAAUAAAGGUAACUUCGAGAGGU